AUGGACAUUAAGGAGAUCCUCUACGGCCUCUUCGGCCCAAACAGCACAGCAGAUGCUUGCGCUGGGAGUCCACCUGCGGCAUCAUCUUCUGGUACGUUUACCAGCCAUGGGCGACUUCCCAAGAACCCCCUUCUGGAUGCCCUGGCUCCCCUCCUCGGAGGCCAACUCAGUCCUCUUCUCCGCGCCUUGAAUCUCGCCAACAACAUCCUCGGCGCCCGUCUUGGCCUGCCCAUCGACCCCUCGUUCCUCUUGACCCUCGCCGCCGCCGCCUGGGCCAUCAACCGCUUUGCCCGACAGCUUUACCACGCCCUCGCUGCGAUCGUGACCGCCCAUUUCAUGGCAUCCAUCACCGUGGCGUCGACAGACGAAAUCUAUGUUCAUAUGAUGAAGUGGCUCGCCGUUCAGCCGUUGGUCACGACGUCUCGCUCGCUCAUGGCCGAGACCGCCGCUCAUUCCGCCUGGGAAGAUGACGAGGAUCAGAUAGAUGCCCUUCAACUUCGCACGAUUGCCGGCGGCGGCGAUGAAAAGUAUCUCAACUUCUCCAACCAGCAGGCCAACGCACCCCCUCGCUUCGUACCAGCGGUUGGUCUUCACGGCUUCUGGUAUGGACGUCGCUACUUCCGCCUGCAGCGGAAGCACCAGUCGUUCCUCGACGAUAACUCUGGAGGAGCUCGUGGCUCGACCGGCACGACCCUGGAGAAAGAGGAGGUCCUCGUCAUCUCCUGCUUCGGCCGCUCAACCACACCUAUUAAGACUCUCCUCCAGGCCGUCAAGCAGCAUUACUACAGCGACCACGUCGCCCGCACCACCAUCAAACGACCCUCGCCGCAGCCCCUCCGCCGCUUCAACGCUCGCAACUGGGCGACUGUGGCAGUUCGUCCCGUCCGCGCCCUUCGCACAGUCAUCCUCGACGCCGCUCAAAAGUCGACCGUCCUCGCCGAUAUGAACGAGUAUCUCCACCCUGCGACCCCGCGUUGGUACGCUAACCGCGGUAUCCCUCUUCGUCGCGGUUAUCUAUUCCACGGACCUCCUGGCACUGGCAAGACGUCUCUGUCGUUUGCCCUCGCCGGAGUCUUCGGGCUCGACAUCUACGUCAUCAGUCUGCUCGAGCCCACGCUCUCGGAAGAAGAUCUCGGCACUCUCUUCAGCAGCCUGCCCCGGCGCUGCGUCGUCCUCCUCGAAGACAUUGACGCCGCCGGCCUCCGCCGCCCACAAGAAGAGGUAGAGGAAGAGGAAGCAAGCGAAGCACCAGCCACAGACAAGAAGGCCCGCCCAGGCCGCGGUGCGCGCGCGAGCGUCAACGGCGACAAGGACUCCGUUUCACACGACCAGCCUGCGGCUCACCGCCCCCGCGAAGACUGGAAGGUCUCCGACCUCGCCCGCGCCCUCAAGGCACCCGGCGCCGGCGGCGACGACCGCAAGGGUAUCUCCCUCUCCGGUCUCCUCAACGCCAUCGACGGCGUCGCGUCUCAGGAAGGCCGCGUCCUCGUCAUGACGACCAAUCACCCCGAGGCCCUCGACGCCGCGCUCAUCCGGCCUGGUCGCGUCGAUCUACAAGUCGCCUUUGGAAACGCCACGAGCGAGCAGGCGCGCGAGCUGUUCGAGCGUAUGUACGAGGCAGAUGCCGCAAAGAACGACGCCGCCGUCGAAAAGAGCGGCGAGGCGAUGCAGAACGGACAGGCGGAGAACAAGGGAGCCGAGGGCGGCGGCGACGACGGCGUCGAUAGCCUGUCACACAUUGCGGCCGCGUUUGGCAGCAAAAUCGACGACGGGCUUCUGAGCCCAGCGGAGAUUCAGGGAUUCCUGCUCAAGAGAAAGAAGGACCCCAAGAAGGCGCUGCGGGAGACGGAUCGCUGGGUGGAGGCGAUGAAGGCGCAGAAGGAGAACAAGACAAAGGUCCUUACUGUUCAGUGA